AUGGAGACAGUCUCCACCGAUCAAACUUCUCUCAUUCUCACCACAAUUCAAGUGUCCUACGGGCUUCCGUCUCUAUUUCUCCUGAUCACGUGCUUCUUUUAUUUCGGAUGUUCCAAUAAGAUCUUCUCAAACUCUUUCUACAGACUUGUUCAGAUUGAUCUUGCGACUGUAAGUGUGUCUAAACUGGUAUGGGGGCAACGUUAUAGCGGCUAUAGGAUCUAUAGGAGAUAUAGGAGCUAAAUAGGGAAUAUCGAUGCUAUUGGAGCUAUGGAAUCUGAGGAAGCUACAAAUGAGAGUUAUAUAGGAACAAAGCUCAGAAUAUAUUGUGCUAUUCGAACACGUGGAUGUCGUUGCGACUCAAACCUUAUCCACUCGGUGUCGUGAUAUUGAAACAGUUGGAAUAUACGCUUCCGGGCGUUCUGAGUGCAUCCGGCUACUUUUCCUAUUGGUUCAUGCACAUGCAAUUCUGCUCGGCGGUGGCACUCAGUCUACACAGAAUCUCAUCGAUAUUGUGGCCUUCUCAAUACGAACAUGUAAACCUGAACCGUGUGAGGCUUCCCAUCAACAUCUCUGUUUCAGUUCUGGUGCCGCUGGUAUCUGGUGUUCGGCGUGCUCUGCUUCCUCUACAGCUUCGCGCCGAGUCUUCUCACCACCGGCGUCACUUCUAAAGUGCACAUUUUGAACGGGACACUCACAGAAGUCAUCUACCCGGCCCGUUUUCCCUCGCUUUUGAAUAACAUCGCAGUCUUUUCGGUCAUUUAUUUCGUCCUAAUUCUAGCUUCCGGUAUGACGACUGCCGUUUUCGUACGGAAAAAGUUCAAAGGUCUCUUUUUUUGAAAGCGUUGAGAGUAGAGAAACGUGAGGGUUCAGAUGUGAGAGUGUCAAAUCGGGGAGUGGCGUGGAAGCUCACGAAGAUCGCGCUGACCUACUGCUUCGUCUACACUGGCAUUCUCAGCUGGAGCAUCGCGACUGCUCUCAAUGCAACCUAUCACUUUCUUCCCGAUUUUAUUGUAGCGCACAACACCCAACUGCUAUUGUUCUCUUCGGAUUUGGUAAGUGUAUGGAAGAGUAGCGCAUUGCACUUUGCGACAUUUUCAGAUGACUUUAUCGCUUCCUUACAUUCUCAUCAUCUACGAUACAAAUGUGCGGAAUAUCGUUUGUAAACGUCGAAAGAAUGCUUCUGUCAUGAUUUCUAGUAGUGUUGCAAUUUCACGAUAACAACUGUCUGGAACGAAUAAAGAGUCUUGAGCAUUUUCUAACAUUCGAUUAUGUACGGGUGUGGUUUCCGGAAGUUUCUUAGGUUCAAGAUGGUUAACAAAUUCUGUGAUAAUGGUCGGUCCAAGGCGGCCACUUGAUUCGAUGAAGACACGUGGUUGUAUGUUGCUUGAUCUCGCCAAUCGGACACGAUCUAAAAGUUCGGAGAACAAUGAAUCAGCGGGUCGAAUGAUAACAAGAAUGGAAUGGCGAAGAGGGAGUGAGUGGAACGCCGCGAUAAACACAAACAGUUGCUGUUAUGUUUGGUACGAAUGCCAUGGGUAAAUGAUAAUAAGGAAGAGAUUUCAUCUCUCGAGUCUUUUGAGUGAAAACUAUUAUUCUGCACAUGAACCUAUCCAAUUAGAGCUGAUGUCCAAUGCGUUUCUCACGAAUUGCGGAAGUACGAAUGCCGAUGAUGAGAGAAUCGCAGAUUCAACGCGUUGAGCACUCGGGAAGGCACCGUGACAGCAAAGUGCUGAAAGAGAAUUUUAGCCGAAGGUUUUAGUCUGAAAACUUUAACUUUGAGCAGGUACAGCUGAGCUAGAAAAUAUCGUAUAGUUCUCAAGACACGUUGAGUGUAAUCGACACACCUACUACUUCAUUUUCUCGUUGACCACUCCUAGAACUACUGUAGAUGUUGGAAGUUAGAGUGCAGUCUUCGGGGACUGUCACUUCCAUGAGCUACAGUAGUCUUAGGAGUGAUCGUACGAAAAAGUUGUCAACUAGGAAAAUGAAGAACUAGGCUUAGAGAGCACAUUCAACAAUUUUCAGAGCGCCAAACAGCUAUUGUAGGAGUUGCCACUCACCGCAUUCUUCGAACAAAUCAAGUAUCCCAUGCUACCGGAUGGAUACGUCGAAACUGCUGACGACGCGUAG